GGCCGUCCCUAGACCAGACCAUAGACAUCACUCGCGUUUAAACGGGAUUUUUUUUGUUGCCAUACAUACAUGCCAUACGUGCUUGCUCUCUCCACCAAGUCGCUCGCUCAUGACGUGCUCGUAGCAAAUCAAACAGCAAACCCGCCCUACUCACUCACAUACACAUCGCGAAACCGCGAGGAGUCCGGGGACACACGCACGACCUGGACACACACCACGGCGCCUCAAGGGUCUUCGCCGUUCCUCCGAUGACGGUAGCGAUGGACUUCUUCUACGAACGAGCCUUUGUGCUCGCAGCCGUGGCGCGCUCGCAUUCCCAGACCCUGCUGGUCAAUAUCCAGAGCCACGGGCAACUCCCCUGGGUUGACGACGUCAUCGAGUUCACCGACUCCGGCUACCUACAGGUGCUUAUCCUCGUCCUCUCUGCCGUCUGGACCACCUCCCGCCUCUUCCGCCGCCGCCACGCUAGGCCGUUGUCGUCAUUACCAUCACGGCCCUACAUCCGAGCCGCAGCCAUUCGAUGGCCCUGGGAGCUUGCCGCCCAACUGUCCCGCGCCGCUGCCCUUGCCUUCCUCGCCCUCGCCGGCGCUCGCGGCCAGACCCCGUGGCUCAACGCAUUGGUCGUGGCCUACGCUUUCGUUCUCGGCCUCUCGAGACUCGUCAACGACCUGCAGUGGCGGCAUGUCGCGCUGUAUCAAGUCAACUUUGUCGUCUCGGCCGAGGUAUUGAUUCUAGCCGCGUCAUCGGUAUUGCCGUGCAUUGAGGCCUCAAACGAAUGCGCCAUUGCGACCCCGGUCCGCGGCGGUCUCGUGAGCUUGGCAGUUGCCGUCGUCGUCGCCAUCACCACGCCGCGGGAAUGGGUACCUCCGUCGCUGAUGCACGACGUGCCCGAAGAGUUUGCAGCUCGCGGGCCCGCGCCCGAGGAGACCUGCAGUUGGGCGACGUAUUACCUCACCUUUGAGUGGCUCACGCCGCUGCUGUGGAAAGGCAUGCGGAAGGACAUUGUCCUCGAAGACCUACCCCAGCUGCCGUGGUAUGACGAGCCGCUGCUUCUCCUGGAAAGGAUCAAGAAGGCGAGGGCCAAGGGCGUGACGACAACCUGGACCCUCUUCUACUUCCUGCGCAGCGAGGUGACGCUCAUGGCCUGCUACAUUUCCAGUGCGUACGCCUGCGAGCUCAUUGCGCCUUAUGGUCUGUAUCAGCUGCUGGCAUAUCUUGCGGACCCCAAGGGCGCUCUCAUCCGGCCGUGGCUCUGGCUGGUGCUCAUGUUCUGCGGCCCGCUGUCGCGUUCUGUCUUGUUCCAGCAGUACGUCUUCACGUCGACUCGCUUGGUGGUGCGCCUAAGGUCCGCCCUGACUCAGGAGCUGUACCACCGGGCCAUGGGUUCUAUGGAGCUUGAGGAGGACAUCUUCGCUCCCAAGGAGGAUUCCGGAAAAGCCCAGCAGAAGAAGGAUGGGAAGCCGGGCCGGUCCACGACCUCGGCCGGCCGCUUGGCCAACCUCAUGGCCGCGGACGUCCAGGCCAUCUUUGGCUCCCGGGAUAUCGUCAUGGUCUCCAUGGGCGUGUCCACAGGCACCGUCAUCGCCUUUAUUGGCCUCUACAAGAUGCUCGGAUGGCCCGCCCUCGUGGGCACGGCUAUCCUGUUCCUCGCCGCGCCCAUAUCCGUGAUCGUGGCACAACUGAUGGCCAGACAGACCAGAAAGGCAAGAAGGGCGCAGGACUCUCGCAUCUCGCUCGUGUCCGAGUACCUCGCCUCCAUCCGUGCGGUCAAGUACUUUGCAUGGGAGGAUGCCAUUAUCAAAACCAUUGAGGAAACGCGUGCUAACGAGCAGCGGGAUCUGUGGCGUGUGUCGCUCAUCUACGUGACCCUUAACCAGAUCACCGCCCUCAUGCCCUACAUUGCCAUGAUUGCCAUGUUCACACUCUACGUGGGCGUGUGCGGGCAGCCCCUGACAGCCGCCACGGCCUUCACGACGACCUAUCUCGUCAAGACCAUCCGUCGCAACGUGACACAGCUCGGCUUCAUGUCGAGGAACAUCACGAGCGCCAUGAUUGCCAUUGGCCGUCUGGAUCAGUACUUCGAGACCACGACCCCGCUGGAGGAGUAUCCCGAGGGGGCUCUUGAGAUCCAGGACGCCACGUUUAGGCGGAACAAGACGGCCUCGUUCCAGCUCAGGAACAUAUCGAUUGGUUUCGUAGAGGGUGGCGUGAACGUUGUGUCGGGCGCCAGCGGCAGCGGCAAGACGACCUUGCUGCUGGCGAUACUGGGAGAAACGAUCAAAGAGAGCGGCACAAUCACCCGACCGAAGGACGUCGCGUUUGCGUCACAAACGGCAUGGCUCCAGAACGAGAGUAUCAAGGACAACAUCCUCUUCAAUAGUGCCUUUGAGGCGGUGCGCUACAACAAUGUCGUCAACGCAUGCUGCCUGCCGGUCGACUUGAGGGAGAUGGAAAGCGGUGACCAGACCGUUGUCGGCGAGAACGGUGCCUCUCUGUCGGGAGGGCAGAAGGCCCGCGUGGCCCUGGCUAGGGCGCUGUACUCCAAGGCGCCGCUGCUCCUUCUCGACGACAUCUUCUCGGCCCUCGAUGCAAAGACUGCCGCUUCGCUCUGGGAGCGGUGUUUCUGCUCCGACUUGCUCAAGGGUCGGACCGUUGUUUUGGUAGCGCAGCAGCCGUGGGUAGCCGCGCAAGCGGAAGUUGUCGUGACGUUGGAGAAUGGCGCAAUCAAGGACGUCCAACAGAACAUCGGCGUAGCCAGGCACCCCGUCGCUGUCUCCAAGGACAUUGAGGGCGACAUCACCGACGGGUCCGACAACUCGGAUACGGAAGUCGAAACGCAAACAGAUUCUCUCAACGACAGGAGUAAAGUCGCGGACGACAAGGGGGCCAAAGACGCGAUGACUCAGGAAAUGAAUGCUAGCGGAAAGAGCGCGCGUUUGAUGUUCUUCAAGUACAUGACCUACUUCGGCGGCCCAUGGUACGCCAUAUUCUGCAUGUUCAUGAUGCUCAUCUCGCAGCUUGCCGUCAUGGGCGGCUCCCUCUGGCUCUCUGUUUGGGUAGAGGCAUAUAGCAAGGAGGUCGCCGUCGACAUCGCCUUCUAUCUCGGCAUCUAUGCCGCCUUCACCGUCGCCGAGUCGGUGCUCUACGCCGCCGUCUUCCUCGUGUUCGAGAAUGGCGCGUGGCACGCCGCCCGCAAGCUGCACAACGACUUCAUCCGCGCCGUCAUGCGCGUCUCGCUGACGUGGUACAAGAAGACGCCCGUCGGCCGCAUCAUCAACCGAUUCUCUAGCGAUAUGUCGUCCCUCGACCUGACGGUAAGCCCGCAGCUCCGCGCGUUCCUCGAGUGCGCCAUCUCGUUGGUGAUUCGUAUCUUCGCAAUCAGCUCCAUCAUGCCCGUCUUCAUAAUCCCCGCGGCUGUGACCUGCGCUAUCGGCAUCGUAGUGGGUGAGAUAUACACGCGCACCGCAGUGACGAUCAAGCGCCUGGUGGCGUCGUCGCAGUCGCCCAUCUUCUCUCAGUUUGCGGAUACGUUGGCCGGGCUGGCCAUCAUUCGUGCGAGGAGCGGCAUGCCGCAGAUGUUUGGCGACGCGUUGGCGGACAAGAUGCGUGUCUGGUCGCGGGCGGCGGAGGCCAACUUCAACUGUAACCGAUGGGUGGCCAUGCGUGUGGACGUGGUGACUGCUCUGGUCGGGCUGAGCGCGGGCAUCAUCGCCGUGUCCAAGGCCGGUCUUGUGGGCGCCGGGCUCGUGGGGUUCUCCCUACAAAACGCCACGGGGUUGAGUCAGACUAUCCUGCAACUGGUUCGCAGCAUGAACGACCUUGAGGUUGAGCUGCAAAGUUUCGUCCGCAUCAAGGAGUACGCCGGUCUCGAGGCCGAGGAGAAGACAGACGACUCUUACCCCGAAGAGGGCGAGUACACAGAUAACCCCUCACACGUUGUGCCCAAGAAAUGGCCGUCAACCGGUGAGAUUGAGUUUCGCGACGUCACGAUCCGAUACGACGAGGACGGGCCCAACAUCCUCACCGACGUCAACCUCAAGUUCAAGGCCGGAGAGAGAGUUGCCAUCGUGGGCCGCACCGGCAGCGGCAAGUCUACGCUUGUACUCUCCCUCCUGCGCUUCACGCACAUCGUCUCGGGCCAGAUCCUAUACGACGGCAUUGACAUCACCAAGAUCCCGCGCCGCCGUCUCCGCGAGGCGCUGACCAUCAUACCGCAGGAGGCCGUGCUCUUCAACGGAACGCUGCAGUCGAACCUCGACCCGACGGGCAAGAUCGCCGCGCCGGUGCUCGAGAGGGCGCUAGAGUCGUGCCAGGGCAUCGCGUCGUUCCAGUACCACUCGGAGGAGGACGCCGACGCGGCGGCAGCGGCGGCAGCGGCCACGGCGGCGUCGGAGCCGGACGCGUCGGGCCUGGCGCUCUCGACGACGGUCAACGCCAAGGGCGAGAACUUUUCGCACGGGCAGCGGCAGGUGCUCUCCCUGUGCCGCGCGCUAGUCCGGGGGAGCCGGCUGAUGCUGCUGGACGAGGCGACAGCGAGCAUGGACUACGAGACGGACAAGGGCAUCCAGCAGGUGCUGCGGCGCGAGGUCGACGACGACCGCACGCUGGUGACGAUCGCUCACAGGCUGCGGACGAUCGCGGACUACGACACGGUGGUGGUCAUGGGCGCCGGGCGGGUCGUCGAGGCCGGGCGGCCGGCGGAGCUGUACGAGGCGAGGGGCGUCUUCUACGACAUGGUGUAUCACAGCGGCGAGAGGAGGGACCUGGAGGCGCUUUUCGGGGACGCGAAGCAGUAACGAGGCCGCACGGCUGCUCGGUGAGACAGAGAGCCAGGCGGGAAGGGGGCUGUCGCUCUGCGGUGAUUGGAAACGGCUUGGGCUAUGACGAAGAGACGCGACGACGUAUAAACUUUAGACACUGGGAGGGGAGAGGCGCGCUUUUAGAUGAGUGGCUUGGCAGUUGCGUCUGGCAGCCCGAGACAAGAAGAGCAUAUGAGGGGGUUUCCAAUGUUGGGUUUACCAUGUUAGCCCAGCAGUUAGAGAACGGUCCUUGUGAUUACUACUUGAUUACUAUUAUUUCGUGAUUCAAGUCAUCCGCAAGACCCCCCC